AUGAAUGUGGAUGAUUAUACUGGACUGUGUACAUUUAGGCAGCCAUUCUUCUUGGUGGUCGCCGUGUGGAGGAGUCAAAAGCCCACGAACUUCCCCACACACAUUCAGCUUCAUAAGAUUAUCCUUCUAUCUUCAUUCAUGUCAGUUUCACACGAACAUCCAACAAAGCCAUCGAUCGCCUUGACCAGGCCUCCGUGCACUUCUGCCUCGAAGACGACGGGAUUCAAAUCUGCCAGAUAUAGAAACAAGACGUUCAUCAAGAGAAGACGGUGGCCCGAGGAUGAUAACAUUCCAAAAACGACUGAGGCAUUCCAACCCCACCCCUUCGAUUACUUUCAAGAGAAAGCAGAAAAAGACAAUGACGCCAGAUGUGUGUUCCUGUUGUGGGGAUCGAGAAAACCUGAAAGCUCCCCGACUCGCGCUGUAGAUGUUCAGAUUGACAGCCGUGACAAUGAAGAAAAUAUCUUCGAGAAACUAGCACAUCGAUAUACGGCGCAACGCAAUCUUAUAAGCAAGUGUUUUACUUUCCGAGAAUUUGACAAGCUCGAACCUGUUACGUUUCGAAUCAUUUGCCGUUCGUCUAAGAUAUUUUCGGUCUUCAUGGAGCCUAUGGAUUUAGCCGAUAACCACAAGCUCUACUCAGCAAUGCGAGAAGAAGCACACGCGACGAUUGAGAAGAUCAUGGACCUCAACUUGGAAGAUUUUCCAGAUCACUGCAGGCGCGAAAGCUCAGGACAUUACACGCAUGACAAUCAGAAGUGUCCACUCAACUCUCCAACGGCUGGCUAUUCCCCAGUAUGCCCAUUCGAGAGGUGGGACAGAUACAACGAUAUCAUAAAGUGGAUUGAUACUGUGAAGUUUCUUUCAUGUUACUUUCGCAACCCAGCUGCUGCCCGUGGCCAGCGAAUACUUCACGGCUUCGAAGGCCAUGGUUUCAUUUACUAUUACAGUGGUAUUAAUGUUGCCAGCGCUGUCGGAUGGCCAGAAAACACUUUCCAGCCACAGAAUCGAGAUCUCAGCAUGAAUGGUCUCUGGGAAGUAGUAUUUGGUGCUGGAAGCUUCCUAGUUGCCAUCCCGAUGUUGGCCAUGGCAGCGAUGACCCACUUUGAGGAGUGA